UUCCCCAAAAUAAAUAAAUAUUCAAAGUAAAAAGAAUAGAAAAUAGUUACUCGAAACCUUCACUCGAGGCGUAUCAGAGAAGGGCCACAAGUUAUACCGGUAUAUAUCGUCAACGGCUAGUUUUGCAGAAAUUGAAAACCCUAAAAAAAAAAUGACAGAACCAAUUCCACCAAAUUCUUCUCCUCCUCCAUUGAUCCCAAUUGAGAUCAUAAGUGAAGAAGAAAUGACUCUCAUUGAGGCUGCCUUUGCAGCUACCACAAAGUAUCUCUCCUCUCGAUCUUCUUCUUCUUCGACUUGUCAAAUUCAAAGAAAUGGAAAAUCAGUUGAAACAAUCACUCUUCAUACCAAGAGGAGAUUAUCCGGUUGUUCUGAAUCUGAUAAAAAUAUCACAAGUACAGAUAUUGAAGAUUUGGUGGAUAACUCAAAAAAUGCCCAGAAGAAACCGAAAGUAUUUGAAACGUUUUUACAUAGAUUUCGAAGGAAAAGAGGUCUUGCAAUUACAGAUAUCACUGCUACGGAAUGGUGUGAAAAACAAAUGGAAUUUGUUCUUCUUCGUGGCAAGCCAAAAGCCACCAGAGCUAUGAAAGCAGGUACGGCUCGUCAUACAAAACUUGAAGAAGAGGUAAUAAAGAGGGUGGAAGUUCGUGUAGAAGCAGCAGAAGAUGCUUGGGCAGUUAGGUUAAUGAAUUUCAUUGCCGGCACGAAUCAACUAAUGUUUCAAGGGUUAACGCGCGAACUGCCAGUAAUAGGUUGUGUACAAGGUGUUUGGAUGGUGGGAGUGAUUGAUGAAAUCCGAAUGCCAGUAACAGAUACUUCUCGAAAUCCUAUUUUUGUUGACACAAAAACUCGUGUUCGACCUACACUUCCUUCGGGACCGCAAACAAGAAAUGGAAGGCUUCAGUUAAUGUGUUACAAGUAUAUAUGGGACAGCUUGGUGAAAGAUAACUUCAAUGCAAGAAGUUUCUUAAGCUUUUUUGGUUUGAACCCUCGCUACACUUUAUCUGAAGAAAUUCAACAGCACACUUCUAGCUCUGGUUUUCCUGCAAAGGUGAAUUUAAUUUUCUUCACUCUUAAUUGUGUUGUACCACUGAUCGACACUUUGCCUUGUUUCCAUGAGCAGACCCUCGAGGACUUGCUUGCAUAUUUCAGAAAUACAUGUUCUGUGCUGCCUCUGGCAAACGAGCUGCUUCUUUUAAGAUAUGAAUUCCAAGGAGAUCAAUCGUUGUUGGGUGAAGACAAUUUCACAUAUGAUCAUGCUUGGCUCACGGGUCAGAUCAAAUACUGUCUCGAGUUCUGGUUGGGAGAACGAGCAGCUGGUUUUGUUCCUCAGGAGGAACGUUGGAAAUGCAGAUCUUGUGAGUUUGCUUCCGUGUGCUCUAGUUAUGCUGCUGCUGAUAGCAGAAGUAUCUAUAGAGGAGAUCAAGUUGGCACCAUUUCCCCAUCCAUUUAAUUUCAACUGAUUGCAUAACAUUCCUUUAGUUAUGCUGCCUCCAAUGUGAGCGGUAUAAAGAGAUUUCUGCUGUAGUGUAUUUGUCCAUGUGACUGCAAAUCGCCAUGGGCGCAUUUGCCAGGGUCAUGAUUAAAUGCAAGUAUUUACAAGUUUUCUCCU